AAUAUUUUCUUAAUUACUAAUCACCACAUUUUCUAACUGACUAAUCCAAAUUUUUUUUCACAAUUUUUUUUUUCAUCAGAGAUAAGAUCAAACCCCUAACCUCUCUAGCUUAAGGGGUGAGAUGCUUACCACAAACCCUUGAGGUUAAUCCAAAACUUUACCCCUGUUAGGUUUAUUGAACCGGAGCUCAAAACCAGAAGUCUUGGCGUUUGCUUCAAAAACUUGAAGAAGAGGUUCAACAAAAAGUUAAAACUUUUCAAAAACAAAACAAAAACAAAAAGGCAGUUUCGAUAAUGUUGGAGUUGAAGGCAAAGUGUUUGAAGAAAGCAGUGGUUCCUUCCACUCUAAUUAAGCAUCCAUCCCCCGGCAACCUUCAGUCUACUCGUCUUGCUCUUCAUAUGAACGAUGGCAAUGUUUCUUCUUGUUCCGUCUACAUUGCUUCCGGUUGCCGCAUUUACGAAGCUCUUAUUCCAAUGGAAAGUUCACUGCUCAACCUAGGAAAGGAGGACCUCUUAAUUCCCGAACAAUGUGAGGUUCUAGAGGCUUCAGUGCUCAAUCGUUGCCCACAUCGAUCAGAAAUCCAAAGUAUAGUGCUAGCUGAAAGUGAAAGCUCUGGUUGCGCAAUUCUGGGAAGCGUGGAUUCUUAUGGUCACCUUAUUGUCUCUAGAUUGGAUGCUAGUGACGAAGAUAUCAACGGGCUUACAUAUUCUGUCUCUCCUCGAGAUCGCGGUGUUGGAGAAGGUAGCUGGACAGGCCUGUGCUUCAAUCCCACUCAACAGUCCAUGGCAGCUGUGGCUCGCAGUUUCUCCAAAACCAUUGACGUCUAUGACCAAGAUAUUCAUCUCCGUACUUUUCGUUCAUUGUGGUAUCCAUCUUCACUUAUCUUCAUGCAAAAUUUGGCUUUAGGUGGUGGAAAUUCUGUAUUAGCAGUUGCAGAAGGUUGCCAGCUGUCUAUAUGGGACUUGCGAAUGAAAGAAAAAGGUGGUUGUGUGCAUCGGAUCUGUGGAUCUGUAGGAGAUAACUUGUAUGCAGUCUGUAAUUCUUCAAAAGGUACCAUUGCGGCGGGUGGAGCUGAUCGAACUGUGACUGUCUAUGAUCCUCGCAGGUGGGCCACAGUGUCAAGAUGGAUGAACUGCUCUAAAUAUGAGAUAACGGGACUUGCUUUCUCUUCCAUUGAUCCUGAAUAUGUUUAUUUACAAGGAGUUGACUACGAGGUUAUUUGUGGACGAUGGCGAGAAAGCAAGAAAAUGUUUUCAUAUCGAGGAGAUUCUAAUUGGCUCGGAUUUAGCAAGUGUUCAGACAGGGAUGUCUUGGGGGGUUGGUCCGACUCAGGUAGCAUAUUUGUGGCUGAUAUCCAUUGUUGUGAACCAGUAGACUUGCCAAAUGACUAGGAUGUCCCUGCGGCAACCAGUCCUUUCAAAUUCGUUUUAACGGCGGCGCAUACCUAAAAUGCUCCAGGGUACAAAUGAAAGGCGUAGAUCCAUAGCGUGUAUGCCCUAGAAUUUGAGGCACAAGCCCGUGGUGUUAAAUUUAUUUUUUGUUGUUUUAAGGUAUUUGCUAUAGAUCGUGUUUUUUUUUUUUAAAAAAAUUAUUGAUGCAAUGAUGUUUAUCCUUAUGCUAUUGUUUUUGUGUUGUAGUGAUUUUUUCUAAAAUAUAUAAAGAAAGAAAGCAACUCUAGAUUACGACAGUA